AUGACAGGAGAUCCUGGGAGAUGCGGGGGCCACGCCAAGGGACGCCGAGGUGAUGUCGGGCCGAUGCCAGGGAUGCUGGAGCGACGCUGGGGCCGUGUCACGGGACCCGAGGGGAUGCCAGGUGACGCUAGGCGUGCCAGAGGGAUGCCGGGGGGACGCCAGGUGAUGCCGAGGCCAGGACCAGGAACGCUGAGGGAUGCCGGGGGGAUGCCGGGGCCACGCCCAGGGGUGCCGGGGGGAAGUCAGGGGAUGCAGGGGGGGAUGCCCGGCUCCAGGCUCGCUCCAAGACCCACCCCCUGCCCGGAGAGCCCGCCGGGGCGGGCGGCCCCGGACUACAUUUCCCAUGGCCGCCGCGGCCGGGGGCGGUGCGGGGCGGCGCGGGGGGCGCGGAGCGCAGGCGGAGGCGCGGUGAGGCGCAGGGGCGGCGGGGCCCGCUCGGCCCGGCCCGGCUUGGCUCGGCUCAGCCCGGCCCGGCUCGGCGCCGGGCGGGGAUGCGGGAGGGGCGGCCCGCGACCCCCGGCCCCGCUGCCUGCCCGCAGCGCCCGCACCGCCGCCACCAUGAAGAAGCAAUUCAACCGCAUGCGCCAGCUCGCCAACCAGACCGUGGGCAGCCUGGCUCGGCUGCCGCGGGCAGAGCGCCGGCCCCGGGCCCGCAGGGUGGGCAGCGCUCCCCCAGCGCAGCAGCGACACCCGGGCUGUCGCACCGUGUCACCCGCGGGCGGGACGCGCGGGGACGCGCCGGAGGAGGCGCCGGCGGGGCCGUGUCCCCACGGCGCGCUGGGCACGGGGAAAACGCCGCGGCUCCGCUGGGGCUCGGCGGGUGCCGGGUUUGAGCCGCUGGGAUCUGUCCCCAGGGAGGCGGUGGCCGGGAGGGCUCAGGUGGCGGCAGAAGGUGGGGACAGCGCGGCCUCGGAUCAGGAUCCAGCCUGGAUCACGGAGCGCAGCGCUUCCAGUACUGCGAGUGACACUGAGGGGCUUCCUCCCCGCUCUGGCAAACGCAGAGGAGCCGAGAAGACCGAGGUGUUGAGUGAAGAUCUGCUGCAGGUGGAGAAGCGGCUGGAGCUGGUGAAGCAGGUGUCCCACAGCACCCACAAGAAGCUGACAGCCUGUCUGCAGGGCCAGCAGGGCCUGGACGCCGACAAGCGCUCGAAGAAGCUGCCACUGACAACGCUGGCGCAGUGUCUGAUGGAGGGAUCGGCCGUGCUGGGGGACGAUUCCCUGCUGGGGAAGAUGCUGCGCCUGUGUGGGGAGGCUGAGGACAAACUGGCACAGGAGCUGAUCCACUUUGAGCUGCAGGUGGAGAGGGAUGUCAUCGAGCCACUCUUUGUGCUGGCUGAGGUGGAAAUCCCAAAUAUCCAAAAGCAGAGGAAGCACCUGGCAAAACUUGUGCUGGACAUGGACUCCUCCAGGACAAGGUGGCAGCAGUCGGUGAAGUCCUCGGGUCUGGCCAGCAACCUGCAGUCCUCGGGCGCCAAAGCCGAUGCUCUCAGGGAGGAGAUGGAGGAGGCAGCCAACAGAGUGGAGAUCUGCAGGGACCAGCUCUCGGCUGACAUGUACAAUUUUGUGGCCAAAGAAGUCGACUAUGCAAACUAUUUUCAAACUCUGAUAGAGGUGCAGGCCGAGUACCAUCGCAAAUCCCUGGCGCUCCUGCAGAACUUCCUGCCACAGAUCAAAGCCCAGCAGGAGGCGUGGGUGGAGAAGCCCUCCUUUGGGAAGCCCCUGGAGGAGCACCUGGCUGUCAGCGGGCGGGAGAUCGCCUUCCCGGUGGAGGCCUGUGUGACCAUGCUGCUGGAAUGUGGGAUGCAGGAGGAGGGUCUCUUCCGAGUGGCUCCCUCAGCUUCCAAGCUGAAGAAGCUCAAGGCUGCCCUGGACUGCUGUGUGGUGGAUGUGCAGGAGUACUCAGCUGACCCCCAUGCCAUCGCAGGAGCUCUAAAGUCCUACCUGCGGGAGCUGCCCGAGCCCCUCAUGACGUUCGAGCUGUAUGAGGAGUGGAUCCAGGCCUCCAACAUCCCAGAGCUGGAGAAACGGCUGCAGGCUCUCUGGAACGCCUGUGAGAAGCUGCCCAAAGCCAACUACAACAACAUCAGGUACGUCAUUAAAUUCCUGGCCAAGCUGACCGAGUACCAGGAUAUGAACAAAAUGACCCCGAGCAACGUGGCCAUCGUGCUGGGGCCCAACCUGCUGUGGCCACAGGCCGAGGGGAACAUGACGGAGAUGAUGACGACGCUGUCGCUGCAGAUCGUGAGCAUCAUCGAGCCGCUCAUCCAGCAUGCAGACUGGUUCUUCCCGGGAGACAUCGAGUUCAAUGUGACGGGGAACUACGGCAGCCCCCUGCACGUGAACCACAACGCCAACUACAGCUCCAUGCCCUCCCCGGACAUGGAGCACGGCGAGCGCCGGCAGCACGACCAGGCCCGGCGGCCCCUCAGCGUGGCCACUGACAACAUGAUGCUGGAGUUCUACAAGAAGGAUGGCCUUAGGAAAAUCCAAAGCAUGGGCGUCAGGGUGAUGGACACCUCGUGGGUGGCUCGCCGAGGCACCUCAGCGGGGCGCAAGGCGACCUCGGCCCCCCCGGCCGCGCAGCCCCCGGCCCCGCCCCUCGAGCUUCCCCCCACGCCCCACUCGCCCAUUCCCGAACAGUCACCGGAGAUUUCAGCAACGCCCUCCCCGCCUCCCGCCAGCUUCGGCUUCCCCCCGGCAGCCGAGCGCAUAAGCACUUUCAAGCCCCCGGAGCUGUCCCCGGGGCCGCCCCCCGCGCCCGCCCCCGCGGCCGAGCAGAGCCCGCACUCGCUGCGCAAAGGGGCCAAGAAGCUGGCGCCCAUCCCGCCCCGGGGGGCGGCGGGGGAGGCGGGCGGGGGGCAGCCGUCCCCGGCCAGCCUGUCCCCGACCCCCCCCAGCACCCCGUCCCCGUACGGCCCCCCCGGAGCUCCCCCCGGGGCGCCCCUCGGAGCCUCCCCCGGAGCCGGGCCGCCCCCGCCGCCCCCGCUGCUGCCGUCCCCCGCCGCCGCCGCCCCCCGGGCCCGGGCCGCCCCCAAAGCGCGGCCGCGCCCCGCGCUGCCCCCCCCGCCGCAGCCGCCCCCGGCCGCCCCCGCGCCCCCCCAGCCCCCGGAGCCGCCCCGCCUGGACACCGCGGGCCCCGGGGACGGCGCGCUCACAGGUCUGCUCCGUUUUGAGGUCCCCUCCCUCCACGUGUCCCCGGAUGCCGCCCUGUGCCGGGACCCACCCGAAGCAGCGCAGAGACUCUCGGGGCCGAGCCUGACCCCGCGGCAGGAGGAGGAGGAGGAGGAGGAAUCGGAGAGCACAGCCCUAUGACAGUGUCCAUGUCCCCAAGCUCAUCCGUGCGGCGCCCAGCGGCCAGCACCGGCCACCGGCACCGAGAGCCACGGGCCCGUUUUGGGUGGCAAAAGCGCCCGGUUUGGGGGCGGCCGCUGUUCUUUAGUUCAUUUUUGUUCGCCUUAUCCAGACUUUGCCUUUGAACCGGGUGCCUGCCCCCCCUGCCCCGCAGCACCCACGAUCCUGGGGUGAUGCCACCAUGUCCUCAGUGCCCCGAGGCGUGUGCCACUGGGUGCUGGCCAGGUGACAGGGUGCUGGCUGGCGCUUGACAGUGGGAUUUCUUUUCUUUGGCUUUUUCCCCCUCCGCUUGUUUGGGAGCAGGAUGGGACCUGACCAGCAAUAACCUGGGACAUAGGAUGUGCCCCUCUGGCUCUCGGGGUGCUGGCGGGGGAGGUGCACGUCCCUUGGCACCCGCUGUACCCGGAGGUUGGUGGCUUUGGUCGUGCAUGCACAGACAUAUUAACCUUUUAUCCUUUCCAGAGAGAGAAGAUCUAUAUAUAUAUAUAUCAGCAGAGAUAUAUAUAUAUUCUAUAUUUGUAUAGAGAGAGAGAAAUUAUAGAGA